AUGGAGCUCGAGCACGACGGAGUAGACCUACAAGCCAUGGACGCACUGGAGCCUGCGCCGGAGUAUCCAGCUGAGUCGGAUCUCCAUCUCCACGACGGGACAAGCGGUGCAGACGAAGAGACGGACGACAAUGAGUCGAUUGACGGGAGUGGCAGGUCGCGGCUCGCCAUCUCCACGUCAGGGCGCGUGCCAGGUUCCAAACUGCGAACACCCACCAAGAUCUCGCGAAUCCCCACUCCCGGACGAAGAACCAGCGCCUCCACUUCGUCUACAACCUCGCCAAACUCCACCAGUAGGCUCGGAAUGGCGGCCAGGACCACUCCGCGUGCACUGGAGAAGAAGGUGCAGCGCGUGGGCACCGCCAGCGACUUGACUCCGCGUUCUGUCAUGGAAGAGAAGCGUCCGUCGGCUUUGGAGACCCGACGCGCAUACUCUGCGUCUGUGCGGGCACGUUCCGCUGCCGACGGAAGCAGCGGGCUCAAAAGAACGAACAGUAACAGUAGCAUGAGCAGUAUUGCUAGCAGUGUGGCUAGUGUGUCGUCACUGUCGAGGUCGAGGAGUAAACCUCCCACCACUGCGCAAGCGGAGAGGAGGAAGACGCUGCAUGAUUUGGUGGAGAGCAACAAGGAGGACCGACGCAGUAGUCUCGGCUCGCAGUCGUCAUCCUCGUCGCUCUCCUCAUCGGCCACAUCGACUUCCUUUAUGUCUGCUGCAUCGUCUAGAACUCUGUCGUCCAGAACUGCGUCCAGAUUGGGCUCUGCGACGAGGAAGAGCACUCGAAGCAGCGUCACAGCGUCGCCGGCUCGGAAGAUGGCAACGACGCACAAGGUGUGGCCUGCUAAUGCUCCGACUUUGUCGAUGCUUCCAGAAGAUUUUACACUCAAUGAACAGGCGGUAACGGCGCUGAAGGAGGACCACGAGAUCACUGAGAAAGGUGUUCAAGAACUGUUGUCAUACGUAUCAUCGUCGUCGUCCAGUAUGGCCCUGACUACAGCCAAUAUGAAGGCUCGCAAGGAGGAAACAAUGCUGCUGAAGGCGGGAUUACGCAGGUUGAGUACACACACUGAAGGUCUGAUGCGCUGCUGCGAGGCUUUCGAGAGGAGGACACUGGAACACAACGAGUACGCAGACGCCUCCGCUGCUGAGAUUGAGCGACUCACUGAAAUGCUGAACGCGGAGCAGAGUAAACACGCACAAGGGCCAUUGCCGGAGCUGCAACUGGAAGAUUUCAAUGGAGAAGCCCCACUUUCCAGGUCGCCUCACCCAUCCUCGGACUCGGAGACUGCGUCGACCACCUCUUCACAGAAUAUUUUCCCGAGAGUAUCGAGCGAGGAAGCUGAUCGCCAGCGUCAAGAAAUCCAGCAGGCUAUGCAGGAAGACUCUCCGUUAUCGGCUUAUGUGCGGAAUAUCUUGAAGACAGCAACGGACAAAAUUGAAGACAAGUGGAGGUCUCGAUUCGCCGAGCAGCUAGCCGAGCACGAGCAGGCGUUGGCUCAGGAGCGUGAGCGAUCGUCUGCGUCGGUCCUUUCUAGCUCGCGAUUGGUGACGGAGACUCUGCAUGGCAAAGACGAUGAGCUGAAGCUCAUUGAAGAGCAGAAUUUUAAUUUGAAGCAGCAAAUUCGGCAGCUGGAGUUGGAUCUGGAAGCCACGCGCUCGGAGAGGGACUUCUUCAAGCAGCAAAUGGACGAUGAAGACGACGAGCGAUCGUCCAGUGCACACAGCUUCUGGGAGAAGACGACUGAUCUGGCUAAGCAGAACCGCAACUUGACGGAGGAUUUAUCCCAAGCCAACAAAACGAUCGUUCGACUGAACGAGACGAUCAAGAUCAUGAAGACGAAGGCGUCAAGUCUGAAAACCGAGAAUGGUGAUCGUGUGCGUGAGUCAAAGUCUAUGGUUGCAGAGAAGAACUUGCUGCAGGACAAGUUGGCUGCUAUGGAAGCGAAAUUCGAGGACGAAAAGAAUCGCCGAGAGCAAUUCCAAGUAAACGUGGAGCAGUUGACGGUGGAAAACACUGCCUUGUAUGCGCAGAUGGUGGCACUGCAGACGACUCAUGCAGCUAAGAUGGAAGAACUGCAAGCUCGCUAUGAAAAGCGGAACGUCUCUCUUGCUGGCGAAAUGAAGCUCCUUCAGGACCAGAACCGACUGAUGCGCAGAACUGAGCCAAGUGCCCAGCGAGAGGCAUACGUCAGUGGCGCCAUUGGUUCGACGUAUGGUAGCGGUAGCUCUUCGUCGCAGGCUGACGAUGAAGAAACAACUCGGCGUAUCCAAGAACUGACGGAUGAUCUGCUUGAUGCCCGGCGAGAGCUUUCGGAAAAGUCGGAGCUGAUUGCUGACCUAGAAUUGAAGAUUGCCGAAGGUGAAGCAAUUCGCCGCAAGCUCCAUAAUACGAUUCAAGAACUGCGAGGCAACAUCCGCGUCCAUGUUCGGCUACGUCCGUUCUUGCCUUCUGAUGGCGCAGAAGGAAUGGCGGAGAACCCGGAGUCGGCCAUCAUGUGUGAUACGUUUGCCUCCACGAUCACAACGAACGUGGAGAGCCCACACACGUUCGCGUUCGACAAAAUCUACGGCCAAGCUGACUCGCAGGAGUUCGUAUUCAAAGAUGUGUCGGAUUUUAUCCAGUCUGCGAUGGAUGGCUACAACGUCUGUAUCUUUGCGUACGGCCAAACAGGUUCUGGUAAGACGCACACCAUGCAAGGCAGCGGAAAGGCUCAGAUGCGUGGCAUCAUUCCGCGAUCCAUUGAUCUCAUCAUUAGUUGUUGCGAAGAGCUGACGGCCAUGGGAUGGAACUUCUCGCUCAUGGUGACGUUCUAUGAGAUCUACAACGAGACCAUCCGCGAUUUGCUGACGAUGGACAGUAGCUCGGACGUCAAGCAUAACAUCCGCACUGACAACCGAGGACGCAACUACGUCGAAGGACUGACUGAAGUCUUCAUUGACUUUGAUCAGGCAGCCGAGCAAGUGGACGAGAUCGUGAACUUGGCGGCAUGCAAUCGCUCAGUGGACCGCACGGACAUGAAUGCUCAUUCUUCGCGUAGUCACAGUAUCUUUGCGCUGAAGAUUCGAGGCUACAACGAGGCGCAAAACACCGAGGUUCAAGGGAGCCUGAGUCUGGUUGAUCUCGCUGGUAGUGAGCGUCUGAGCCGGUCUAACGCCACGGGAGACCGCUUGAAGGAGGCUCAAGCGAUUAACAAGAGUCUGAGUGCUCUGGCUGAUGUGUUCCAGGCACUCGCGAAGAAGUCAUCUCACGUCCCGUACCGAAACAGCAAGCUCACGUACGCUCUGCAGCCUGCGCUCUCGGGAGAAGGGAAGACGUUGAUGAUGGCGAACUUGUCGCCCACGUACGCAUCUCUGGAUGAAACGUUGUGCAGUAUGCGUUUCGCGCAGAAGGUGAGUCAGUGCGAGCUUGGAGCUCCAGUGCGUCAGAUCAAGUCGACAAGGCGCCAGUCGCUGGGUCCUGGAGAUCUGUCCCGUAAUAGCAUCAAGAGCUCACCUCCGCGUGAAAAUCGACGAAGCACAUUCACCCCGGGCACGCUGAAGAGGCUGCUGUAG